UGCACGCAUAUUCUCUACAUUCAUCGUAAGAUGUGAUGGCAGCACAUGCGGCCACGAAGGCUAUAGACACACAGGAUAUCACUGACAAAGCUCGACGAGCUCUUCUUCAGCAACUUGAAGCCGUGCGUGGUAAGAAGAACCUGGUCAUUGAACGCUCACUGGCCGGAACCGUUGGACUGUUCAUCAAAUUCAGCACUUUGCAAGAGUACGGCGUCGACAAGCUCUUCUUCCUUGAGAAUCACAAUGUGGACUCCACGCAACGGAACAUCGUGUUCCUUGUCCGAGGGGACAAUGCGAAGAGAGUCAGGACGGUAGCCGAGCAGAUUCGCCUUGUUCGCAGCGAAAGUAAGAUCGACCACGACUUCUCGAUCAUAUGGGUGCCUCGGCGGACGUUAGUGAGCAAUGUGGUCCUCGAGGAGCACGGCGUCCUCGGCGAAGCGAACAUCAGCGAGUGGGACCUGCAAUUUGUGUCGCUUGAACCAGACGUACUGUCGCUCGAACUCGAGGACGCAUUCAGCGACUUGGUAUUGCGUAGAGAUCCGACCUCGAUAUUUGCUUCAGCGAGAGCGCUCAUGCUCCUGCAGAAGCAGCAUGGACUGUUUCCGCGGAUGAUCGGCAAGGGCGAAAAUGCGAAGAAGCUCGCUGAGCUUUUGCAGCGCAUGCGGAACGAAGAGGAUGUCAACGAUUCUGCAGAUGCAAGCAAUACGUAUCUGACGUCCUUCGGCUUGACGCCAAGUAGCGUGAUCGAGAGCUUGAUCAUAAUUGAUCGCGAGGUGGACUUUCCGACCGUUUUAGCCACCCAACUAACGUACGAGGGUCUGCUAGACGAAGUCUUUGGUGUAAGCAACAAUCAAACAGAAGUCGACUCUUCUGUUCUUGGUGGUGCGCCAGCGCCGCAGCAGCAGAAUGGUGCAGCCGCCGGCGCUCCCACCACUGCCACGAAGCGUAAGGUCCAGCUUGACAGCACCGAUAAGCUGUUUCCCAGCCUCAGAGAUGCGAACUUUGCUACAAUCGGACCCAUGCUCAACGCUACCGCAAGGCGGUUGCAGAAUGAUCAGCAAAGCAUACAUAAAGCUGAUCAGACGGUAUCAGACCUCAAGGACUUCGUACACAACAAGCUUCCGUCAUACCAGGCAGAAGCAGCGAGCUUGAAGAUACAUACUAGCUUGGCGGAAGAGAUCACCAACUUUACCCGUUCCGAGCUGUUUCGACGCACGUUAGAAGUCGAGCAGAACCUCCUGAUCGGCAGUGAAGGCAGCACGAUGCACGAGAAUGUCGAAGAGCUCAUUGCUCGCGACAUGCCGCUGCAGACGGUGCUGCGCCUGCUAUGCCUUGAGAGCUGCCUUAGCAACGGUAUCAGACAGCGAGAGCUGGACCACUUCAAGCGCAUGAUCCUGCAAGCGUAUGGUUACCAGCAUCUCCUGACCCUCGCAAACCUUGAGAAGAUGGGCUUGCUUGUCCCUAAGGAGAGCCAUAAAGGCUAUCUUAAUCCGAUCGCCAGUUCAGCGGGCCAGAGUGCCACAGAUUGGAAUACAGUACGAAGAGGUCUGCAAUUGUGGACCGACGACGUACAGGAAGCCGAGCCGACCGAUAUCGCAUAUGCUUUCAGCGGUUAC